AGCACACCGGUAAAUGCCGCUACACCACACACCGAAACACCCCGCGCGAACAGAACAAUAAUAACAGAACACUUGCAUCAAAGCAGGCGUCGGUGGCUCAGCUCGGUUCUCCAACACACAAGCAGCAGCGAAGCCUACUGUGCGUUCCGCUACACUCGUUCGCUCCCGCUCGCUCACGAUCGCAAAAAACUCGUUCCCAACCUGUCUCGCUCUGGCCCGUGAAAGUUCUAUCGUCCGUCCCGUUCGCGCACCCGGGGCGCUUUCGUCCGUCGGUCGGUCGUCGUCUAGCUGUAAUUCUGUUUUAUUUUUUAUUCAUUUCGGGUUCUCUUUCUUUCACGGGCGGCGGGCGACGAUCGGUGAUCGGGUGUCGAUCGGGAACUGCUGAGGAACGGAACACGGCAGCAAACCAAGCAAGCAAACCGCUUACCAGUCAGGCCAGCCAGUGUACAGUAAGUGAAAGAACGCCGCCAAGAACGAACGUUUUCUCUUUGCGUGCGGGAUUUUUCUCUAUGGCAACCGGUGUGUUUGGCAGCCUGCGUGCUUGGAUCUCUUUCCACAAAGUUGAAGGUGUGAAGAAAGGGGCUUAACCUGCCCGAUCCGCGCCGUGCCCGGGAGAAUCUAGAAGAAGAAGAAGAAGAAAGCCGGACCAGUUCCGGCCCCACAGCAGCAGAAGCCAGGAACAGUUACUUCCGGGAGUUUCAAGUGCAAACAACACACUGCGAUACGGUGUGCAGUUUUUUCUUCGGUUUUCUGGAUUAACCUGAACGCGGAAUGUGCCUACUGGAUUAAAGUUCCCUCCCAACAAACGGAGCAAAAGUGAAGGAGGGUUUCGAUCCAAGGAAACCAUGUGAAUAAGAUUAUGGCCUUUCGCAAGCGCCGCAAAAUUCCCAAGAAAUACUACUCAAAGUGCAAUAUUUUCUAAGAUAUUAGGCUUAAGCUGCAUCAUCGUGUGUUAUAAAGAAGUUAAGUGACAACCAGCAACCAGCGCUGACUAGAUCUCUCCCCCGACGAUUACUAUACUACUAGAUGAUAAAUAUUAACAACAGUGUGGAUAAAGUGUGUGAAGAAGCGAGGAUAAAGAAAAGUUACAUCAAAGAAGGCCUUUACUGAAACCGUAUGGAAGAAAAAAGUCAGAAACAAGUGUGCUUUGAUGGAUGAAUUUUGUGUGGAUUGCUGCGAUCGAAUUGGAAACACCAACAACCGCAAGAAUAAAGAAAAGCGAAUGCGCGAAAGCGAAGAAUUUGUGCGCGAUUUGUGAUUAUGACAAGUGACAGCUAACAGUGUCUGCUAGUGACAGGUGUAAGCGAUAAGCGAGAAUAUCGUAGAUAGAGUGAAGUUUACAAACAGAGAGUGAGAGAACCAAAAAAAAAUUUGUUGAUCAUAGUAACCCGGAAGCCGGACAUCAUCAGCCAGCGCAACCAUGCCGAAGAUCAGUUUGAUUAAGCAUCGGAUCCACCAGGAGCAGUUGCGGCUGCUGGAAUCGCAGAAAAAUGCCAACUUUGGCGAUGGGGGCGGAUUCGGGAGCGAACCGCUGUCGCUCGUUUCCCGCAAGAAGGAUAACAAAGAGGGCGCAGAUCGCGACAUCUUCAGCGAGGAGAACCGUCUGAGCCCGCCAUGCCGGGAAACAUCUUCCUCGCCGUCGUCAUCGAUCUUCAGCUCGGUCGUCCAGGCCGCCCAGAACCUAUCAGUAAACCAACGGAGCAGUCCCGGUUCCCCACCACCGGUGGUACCCCUGUUCCUCCAGCGCAGCUUCGCCAAAGAAUCGGAUCCGACUGCCGUCGCCCAGCAGCCGAUCCCUGCCCCAACGCCGGUCCGCCGUUUCUUCUCGUCGAUCACCGGCGGCGAUAUCCCGUACGGUAGUCGCCCCGGCCACGUCCUUACACAGGCCGAGCGCAAAGUCUACCCGCCGAGUCGGCCCCUCACUCCUCAGCCGCCGCAAAUCGAAAAGAAGGACCCUCACAGCAGUCAGUCGCCACAGCCGGCGGCCCGGGAGGAACGCAAUGUGAUCACGGAGGAACGUCCGGUGGUGUCGGUGGAACCACGAUCGCCACCGCCACCAAAGGAUCGCGUCCCGACGCCUCCGCCGGCGUCAGGUCCCGUGGUACGCUGCUCAGUUAUCCAGAGGGCUCCCCAGGCGGCCUUGUCUCCGCGGAGACCCACAGUCCCCAGCCCGGACAGCAGUCCCAAGGCCGUGGAUCUGAAGGUGCGCGCCGCGGAGCUGGAACCCGAGCAGGAGCAGCCCAUCGAUUACCACAUACCAAAACGAUGCGAAGACGGCAAGGAGAACAGCAAGAAGGAGGACGAGGAACGGGAGAAGAAGAUGCGAGAGGCCCGGAGGGAGGCCAUCCUGAGGAGACAUCUCCUGUCGAUGCGUUACCGAUAUGGUAAGCUGAAUGGGAUUAUGCAGGCCGCGGCCGGUCAUGGCCGUUCUUCGAGUGGCGGCGGACAAGCCGGAGGUGGUCACAGCGGACACAGCGGUGGCGGAAGUAUCAACUUCUCCGGAAGUUCCGGAGGUCUCGGAGGAUCAAGUAGCGGAAGUGGCGGUGCAAUCGGUGGAGGAGGAGCCGGAGGUGGCAUGGGAGGAGGCCGUGACGGACGGUCCAACUAUGGCCCCAACAGUCCUCCGACCGGAUCUCUGCCUCCGUUCUACGAAAGCCUUAAAGGUGGUAACGCCGGCCUUAACGGCUACAACGCCAACGGAGGAUUCCUGAACACCAACUGGAACAACAUUGACUGCGACACGACUCAGGAUCUGACCAAUAUAGGAGCCUAUACGGAUGCUAACGGGAACAGUAGUACGAACCCGUCCAAACAAUACUCGAUGCUUCAGAACGCCUACGGUAUAGCGUUGAAGGACGAAGCAGACCUUGACUACGACUCCAAGAUGGACUCCUUCUCCAAUCUGUACGGCAACUACGAUGUGAACGAUUCAAUGAUGGCGGAAAUGAAUGGCGUCGGAGUGGACCCGCUACACCUCACCGCAACCCUAACCUUCUCCUCGCCGGGAGAUAGUGCCUUGCUGGACAGCUUCACCGACGCCGUAGACCUGAGUCACUUCCUGAACCGGCUGCCCUCGGACGAACAGUCCAGCAGUUGCAACGACCUGGAACUCACCUCAACGCCGUCGCUCACCCCCGACUCCGUGUCAACGUCCCUCCAGCAGGUCGACCACCACGAUGGCCUCGAUCAGUACCCGGAACACCUGCUUCUCUCCCGCAACUACAACGCCCCCUUCAACAAUACCCCCAAAUAUAUGCAACCCCCGCACCCGCACCAAGAGAACCCCCCAAGCUACCAAUCCUCCCACCAGUUCCACUCCCUCAGCAACUUUGACCUCGAUUCCCACAGUAACCUGUCCCUCCCCUCGCCCAACAGCCACUCCCUCCAAUCCCCGUCCUCCUCCUCAUCUCCCCCAUCGUCCUCGUCGUCCUCAGCUGCAGCAGCAGCCGCGGCCGCAGCCGCCGCAGCAUCCCUAGCGGCCGCCGGCCUCCCGGGCCAUGGCCCCCACUCAGCCGCUGCCGCCGCCGCCGCCGCAGUGGCCCUCGGUGCCCCCUCGCCCGUCACCGCGCCACCCCCUGGCGUCGUCGCCUCAACCAUCCAAAACCUCGGCCUCCCGGCGGAAGUCCAACUGGAGUUCGUCAACGGUGGCCACGGCAUCAAGAACCCCCUGGCCGUCGAAAACAUCCCCGGUCGGCUCCGGGACGAGGACAAACACCACUCCAAACUGCUCCAGCAAACGGAGGUACUCAAAGCGGUGGACGAGUCGAGCGGCGACCAGCAGAGCAAGUUCGUCUGCCGGAUAUGCCAGAAGUCGUUCACGCUGCAGCGGUUGCUCAAUCGGCACAUGAAGUGCCACUCCGAUGUCAAGCGGUACCUGUGCACCUUCUGCGGCAAGGGUUUCAACGAUACGUUCGACCUGAAGCGGCACACCCGGACCCACACGGGAGUGCGGCCCUACAAGUGCAAUCUGUGCGAGAAGUCCUUCACGCAGCGAUGCUCGCUGGAGUCGCACUGUCUGAAGGUGCACGGCGUGCAGCACCAGUACGCGUACAAGGAACGGCGCACGAAGAUGUACGUGUGCGAGGAGUGCGGCCACUCGACGAACGAACCGGAAGUGCACUAUCUGCACCUCAAAGAGCGGCACCCCUACUCGCCGGCCCUGCUCAAGCUGCACGACAAGCGCCGCGGGCUUUUCAAUCAAAUGUACGUGUGCGAGGAGUGCGGCCACACGACCAACGAACCCGAGGUCCACUACCUGCACCUCAAGGAAAAACACCCCUACUCGCCCGCCCUGCUCAAGUUCUACGACAAGCGCCACUUCAAGUUCACCAACUCGCAGUUCGCCAACAACCUGCUGGGGUCGUUCCCGAUGCCGGUGCAGAACUGAUUCACUACAGUGAGUACCACUCAAGAGAUGACACUCAAACACUCAACACACACACCCCUGCACACCAGUAGAGAGAGAAUCAAAAAGACACAACAAAGAUGGCGACGGGACGUGGCGCGGCGCGGUAGCGCCGGAACACGAGAGGGAACGGUGGCGACACCUACAAAUGAGCGGAACGGAUAAGAGAUCGUUGGAUACUAACUAACAAUUAUUUAUUUGCUGCAAUAUUAUUUUAUACUACCUUACUAACUAAACCAGGAGGAGAGUUUCGACCCGAAGGUGGUGGCGACGGCGACGUCGGCGGGGGUAGCGCUACGCCACGUUCGAUCGACCGACCACGCGAUCGAUCGGGACGAAACAAUAGAACAAUAGAGUAGUAGGCUGUAAGAGAGAGAGGACGUUAGGAGUUAAGGCGUGUGUAUCAUCUCGUAGGAAUAGGCGAAAGGGCGAGAAGGCGAGGAAGAUGGGAGGGAUUGAAAUGCGCGAAGGCUUUCUUUUAGUUUGUAGGGUAAAACUGUAUUAUUUUAAUUUACUUUUGUUUAGUUUUUUUUUUUUUUGAAUUUUCCAAGCAUUUUGAAAGUGCACGCGCGUUUGUAAUUAGGACGAAGAGAGGAGAAGUGGCCUGCUGUGUCGGCGGCAUUUCGCGAUGAUUUUUUGUUUUCAUUUUUUUACUGAUUUGAUCUACAACUGCAUUUUGAGAAAUUUUUUAUUAGAAAAAAUGCGAAAAAGUGAAAAUAUAGAAAGUGGAAAAGUGCGAGAGGAAAUUCUGUUUCGUUUUUCUGUUUUCGUUCGACUAAGUAAUGAGAAAAUUUAGGGUUGCGGAAAAGAUUGGACAGCAGCGGGAAGAACUCAGACACUCACACACAUGCAUACACUCAACCAACCAACAGGACGCACAAACACGGAGGAAAUUUACAAGAAUUCAAAAGUCUGAAUAGAUGUUAAACUAAGAGGAUUGGAACGCAAUGGAACGCAGAGUGAGCUACUGGACGGAAGCAGCAAUCAUUGAGGAGGACGGAACGUAGAUGACGUUUCGUGGAGCGUGAAUUGGUAUGUGUGAGAUCUAGAGCGUGAAUGAUUAGCGAGCGAUCGGUAACAGGUACAGCGUUCGAACAGGGGCGGUUUGUUCUGGAAGUGAGGUUAGGUUAGGUGAAAAUCUAGAAUCUGGUUAAAAUUGGCCCCUCUGCUAAGUUUGGCCCCCCUAAGGUGGGGGCCAAACAUGGUAGAGUGGCCAACUUCAACAACUGGUAAAGGGGCUAUGGAUAUUGUGUUGUCCGAUCGAAUUCAUCGAAUCACUAUUCCGUGGCUUUGUUUAGGAUUCUAAGUUCUGGGUGAGAAUUCGUUGGAUAUGACUUGGUUAUUCGUUUUGUGAGGGUGACGGUGAGUACAGCACCAACUACAUCCAGGCUUGGGAGCUGAGAGGCUCCCACAAUGAGAUCUGAGGCUCCAACCCCGGCCAAAUUUUCAUCUGCCGCUUCGGCGUCUCCCUUCUCUAAGCCGAGACACUGUUGCCAGAUCCGACCGGAUUUUGGUGUUGCUGCUUGCUACGGCCAGAUUUUCUGCUUUGGCGCCUGCCUUCCGUAAGGCAAGACAUCAAUGCCAGCCUCGGUCAGAUAUUUAUCUACCGUUUUGGCGUUUCCCUUCUCUGAGGCGGGACAUUAUUGCCAGCUCCGACCAGAAUUGCAUCUCCUCUUUUUAAGGCGUGACAUUAUUCCCAGCUACGGCGAGAUUUGGCGUCUCCCUUCUCUGCGACAAUCCAUCCAACAAAAGUUCAAGUUCUUUUCACUAUAGAAGACCUCCGCUCCAGCUUCUCCUUCUUUCUUGCACAGCCUUGGGGUUCUUGACCGUCGCCACUGUUGUACUUCAGUUGACAGUUGCAACAAAAUCAAUAAUAAUCCCCAUCGACCAGCGGCCCAUGGCCUACUCAGUAGUAUAACAAACUACCACCGAAGGCAUGUUGCCGGAUGAUUUCUGGUUGAAGCGAUUUGAGUCGUCUGGCAGAUUUCGAAGAGAUGGAUGAUCAACUAUUACAUGACAAAAGUCUGUUUUCUGUUUUCAGUUGCCAAAAGAGUUCAAAAACGGCGUCUAACGUCGAAUUCGGUCCAAAGAAAACAGUUCGAACGAUCUCCCACGUGUUUCUGUUUCUGCCAACAGCACCUUCAAAUCUGACAGAUGCAGGGCCAGUUACCAAGACUAUAUGCCCUGCUGCAUGAGAAUGCUGAGGGCAUCAAAUACGAAAAAUAACUCCUCUAAGGCGCCAUUUUGUAUUCGAUCAUCAAAUUCAGACAUUCACUAAGUCUUCAGUAAAAACGGUCUUCAGGAAAACCAAAACUGGUCUUCAGGAAGACCAAAAGUGGUCUUCAGGAAGACCAAAAGUGGUCUUCAGGAAGACCAAAAGUGGUCUUCAGGAAGACCAAAAGUGGUCUUCAGGAAGACCUAAACUGGUCUUCAGGAAAACCAUAACGUAUAUUCGACCUAAACUGGUCUUCAGGAAGACCUAAACGGAUCUUCGUGAAAACCAAAACGGAUCUUCAAGAAGACCUAAACUGGUCUUCAGGAAUACCUAAACUGGUCUUCAGGAAGACCUAAACUGGUCUUCAGGAAGACCAAAAGUGUAUUCAGGAAGACCAAAAGUGGUCUUCAGGAAGCCCAAAAAUGGUCUUCAGGAAGACCUAAAGUGGUCUUUAGGAAGACUUAAAUUGGUCUUCAGGAAGACCAAAGUGGUCUUCAGGAAGACCAAAAGUGGUCUUUAGGAAAACCAAAACGGAUCUUCAGGAAAACCAAAACGGAUCUUCAGGAAGACCAAAAGUGGUCUUCAGGAAGACCAAAAGUGGUCUUCAGGAAGGCCAAGAGUGGUCUUCAGGAAGACCAAGAGUGGUCUUCAGGAAGACCUAAACUGGUCUUCAGGAAGACCAAAAGUUGUCUUCAGGAAGACCAAAAGUGGUCUUUAGGAAAACCAAAACGGAUCUUCAGGAAAACCAAAACGGAUCUUCAGGAAGACCAAAAGUAGUCUUCAGGAAGACCUAAACUGAUCUUCAGGAAGACCAAAAGUGGUCUUCAGGAUGACCAAGAGUGGUUUUCAGGAAGACCAAAAUUGGUCUUCAGGAAGACCUUAACUGGCCUUCAGGAAGACCUAAACUGGUCUUCAGGAAGACCAAAAGUUGUCUUCAGGAAGACCAAAAGUGGUCUUCAGGAAGACUAAAACUGGUUUUCAGGAAGACCUAAACUGGUCUUCUGGAAGACCUAAACUGGUCUUCUGGAAGACCUAAACUGGUCUUCUGGAAGACCUGAACUGGUCUUCUGGAAGACCAAAAGUUGUCUUUAGGAAGACCAAAACGGGUCAUCAGGAAGACCAGAACUGGUCAUCAGGAAGACCAAAAGUGGUCUUUAGGAAAACCAAAACGGAUCUUCAGGAAAACCAAAAUGGAUCUUCAGGAAGACCAAAAGUGAUCUUCAGGAAGACCAAAAAGGGUCUUCAGGAAGACCAAGAGUGGUCUUCAGGAAGACAAAAACUAGUCUUCAGGAAGACCUAAACUGGUCUUCAGGAAGACCUAAACUGGUCUUCUGGAAGACCUAAACUGGCCUUCUGGAAGACCAAAAGUUGUCUUCAGGAAGACCAAAAGUGGUCUUCAGGAAGACUAAAAGUGGUCUUCAGGAAGACCAAAAGUGGUCUUCAGGAAGACCAAAAGUGGUCUUCAGGAAGACCAAAAGUGGUCUUCAGGAAGACCAAAAGUGGUCUUCAGGAAGACUGAAACUGGUCCUCAGGAAGACCAAAAUACGUCUUAAGAAGACGAAAACUGGUCUUCAGGAAGACGAAAACUGGUCUUCAGGAAGACCAAAACUGGUCUUCAGGAAGACCAAAACUGGUCUUCAGGAAGACCAAAACUGGUCUUCAGGAAGACCAAAACUGGUCUUCAGGAAGACCAAAACUGGUCUUCAGGAAGACCAAAACUGGUCUUCAGGAAGACCAAAAGUGGUCUUCAGAAAGACCAAAAGUGGUCUUCAGGAAGACUGAAACUGGUCCUCAGGAAGACCAAAAUACGUCUUAAGAAGACGAAAACUGGUCUUCAGGAAGACCAAAACUGGUCUUCAGGAAGACCAAAACUGGUCUUCAGGAAGACCAAAACUGGUCUUCAGGAAGACCAAAACUGGUCUUCAGGAAGACCAAAACUGGUCUUCAGGAAGACCAAAACUGGUCUUCAGGAAGACCAAAACUGGUCUUCAGGAAGACCAAAACUGGUCUUCAGGAAGACCAAAACUGGUCUUCAGGAAGACCAAAACUGGUCUUCAGGAAGACCAAAAGUGGUCUUCAGAAAGACCAAAAGUGGUCUUCAGAAAGACCAAAAGUGGUCUUCAGGAAGACCGAAAUUGGUCUUCAGGAAGACCAAACUGGUCUUCAGGAAAACCAAACUGGUCUUCAGGAAGACGAAAAGUGGUCUUCAAGAAGACCAAAAGAGGACUUCAAAAAGACCAAAACUGGUCUUCAGGAAGACCAAAACUGGUCUUCAGGAAGACGUAAACUGGUCUUCAGGAAGAUGAAGACUAAAAAUGGUCUUCAGGAAGACCAAAACUGGUCUUCAGGAAGACCAAAACUGGUCUUCAGGAAGACCAAAACUGGUCUUCAGGAAGACCAAAACUGGUCUUCAGGAAGACCAAAACUGGUAUUAAGAAAGACUUAAAGUGGUUUCUAAGAAGAAUAUUGGGGAAGAUGAAAACUGAUCUUCAGGAAGACCUAAACUGGUCUUCAAGAAGACCAAAAAUGGUCUUCAGGAAAACCAAAAGUGGUCUUCAGGAAGACCAAAACUGGUCUUCAGGAAGACCAAAAGUUGUCUUUAGGAAGACCAAAACUGGUCUUCAGGAAGACCAAAAGUGGUCUUCAGAAAGACCAAAACUGGUAUUAAGAAAGACUAAAAAUGGUUUCUAAGAAGAAUAUUGGGGAAGAUGAAAACUGAUCUUCAGGAAGACCUAAACUGGUCUUCAAGAAGACCAAAAAUGGUCUUCAGGAAAACCAAAAGUGGUCUUCAGGAAGACCAAAACUGGUCUUCAGGAAGACCAAAAAUGGUCUUCAGUAAGACCAAAAGUGGUCUUCAGGAAGACCAAAGUGGUCUUCAGGAAGACCAAAACUUUUUGCGCAACUCAGUUGAAUCGCAAUCAAUUCUCAGUCGAAUUCAACUCUCAACUCAACUGAUUUCGACGGGAAACCAUUUCAUGUCAAGGCCUACCACGAUACGAACGCAAAGACGCGAUCUCUUUAUUGACAGCUCCAAUUCAGAGAAAAUAGGUAGAGAAGCGAAGAGUGAACAGCCGUCUGAACGGCAACACUUUUUCUGUUUUGAUUUCGUAACUCGGAUGUUGGCAACUGCCGAAAAACAGAUUAAUCCACCUAUCGAGGGUAGUGUCUUUCUCAUGUACUGCAUUAGAAAAUGAUUUAUGCUGUUGAUUUAUUAACAAGAAAUCAUCUAAAUUGUAUACCAAAAAGGAUCAAUUUUCGUCAAUUUAAGGAAUCAAUGUUAUUUACAGUAAUAUCCUUGAUAUUUAAAAAUAUUGGUAAAAAAAUGUUUCGAAUGAUCGCAAUGCUUAUCAUGAAUUAUGCGGCAAUCGUCAAGGUUUGUUGAUUUUGUUCGAUAGGAUACCAGUUUGACGGUUCGAUAAGGUUUUUUUGGCUUCACACUCUUCGCUUCUCUACCUAUUUUCUCUGCUCCAAUCAGGCCCCUGGCAUGAAUGAAAUAUAUCGUAGCCAACAUCUAACUGCCUUAUACUCAUAUUCGUGCAAAUUAAAAUGAGCGUGUAAUCAACAAACGCAGUUUUUGUUUGAUGUUGUGAGCCAUACACGAAAUCACAUUCACAAUGCGUGUUUGUUGGGUUGCUUUAUUCAACUAAUCGCAUGCUGCUCUUACCGUACAUUAAUAUUAAAGCGAGUUUGACGUGUUUUGUGAUCAUAACAGGUGAAAAAAAUGAUUCCAAAAACUGAUCAACAACCCAAAAUAAACGUUAAACAAAAAAAUGUUGAUGUUUUCGCAUUUGACAGUGGGUGCUAUUUAUUAGCGCCCAGGACAUCCUGUCUACCAUGAUUCCAAUGCAUUGAUAUAGGCCGUGCCAGAGGCCUGGCUCCAAUUCAAAACAUUAGCACUCUAAACCGAUUCCACUCAAAUUCACCGCAAAUCUCACCCAAUCUUAAGUUUUGUUUUUGCUUUAAUUUCAAACCACCCUUUCGAUGACGCUGUAUCGCGCGAGAAAAAGCGAGGAUGUAUGUUUGUAAGUACGCAAUGACGUGCCCAGGUUAGGAAUAAUGUAUAGAAGAAACACUUUCUUCCCGCGACGCCUUCGGCGCCGUGUGCCGUAAAAGAGCAGCAAGAAUGACCGACCUGAACCUGGUUGGCUCAAAAAUUACACCGUUCUGGUUUUUACUCUUCACUCUGCCUUAAUUUGGGGGCCUGCUGCUACAUCAUCCAGUACCAGUACUGGAUGGUAAUUGUGCUUAUAAGAAAAUCAUAAUUUUGGCAGCGACGGUGGCGCGGCCGUCGGCCGGCGCGGGAAGCUCAAACCGAACAAAUCAAAGUAUAUCGGGGUUUUUUGUGCAAUCACUUUUUUCUCGGUGUUGGAAAAAUAACGUCUUAUGUAGGAUAUUGAUGUGUAAAGAGAAAAAAAAAACACAUUGAAGAAUGAAGAAACAGAAGAUGAAAACACACAGAGACACACACACAUACACAGAUACAGAGCGACAAUUUUGUAACUGCUAAGCGUAAGAGAAAAAAAAACAAUAUGAGUACCUUUUUAUCUAGUUUGUAAGUUGAUAAGAGACGGCGCUGCAUUGAUUUUUCCGUGUAUUAUCCCGCCCCCUUCUUUCCUACUUUUUCUAUGAAUCUCGGAAAGUGAAAACAUGUUAGUCAUUUAAGUGUGUAGUAACCUUUUAUACGAUUUCGCGUUUUUCCUUCGCAUAACCUUAAAAUUACAUUCCAUUCUAAAUUAAUUUAAUUUAGCUGAAAUUUGAUCUUCCAAACAUUCUGUUUAUGCAUCUUCCUUACACUAGAGGAUACGCUUGCUUCCCAAAACCCCUCCCCGUCAAAUCAAAAUUCUGUGUAUAGUUAAAUUAAUUCUUAAGUGACCGCGGCGCGCGGAUGGGACAGCAAGCGAUCCGCAAAAAAAUCAAAAACCUACUUUAUGGCUUUAAUCAAUUCCUUUCGAUUCUUUAUUUUUGUUAGUUAAACAUUAAAUUAUCCUCUUGAUAAGAACCAAUCCCUCCAAUUUGCGCAGGGAGAAACCCCCCUUAAAUUAUACUCUUUCCUCCACACUCAAACGCACACAAACACACACAUACACGACAUUUUACUCGUUUUGUUUUAGUGUGUGUGACAAAUUCCCCGAAGUUACAAUAGAGAAGAACAAACAGUAGUAACAACAACCCAAUCGUUGCAUUUAUUAUUCAGUUACUUACUAUUAUACGAUUAAUUAUUAGAACAACAAGAAAACACAAAAACGUUUGAAACGACAAUAUGAAAAAAAAAAACGCCGAUGAGAGUAAAACUAGCAAACAUUUUUUUAUAUAUUCGGAGAAUGUGUGUAGAAACAAUCAUAAAUUCAAACAGUGUAGGACAACACCUAUUAUUAUGAUGAUCUGAUCGUUUGUUUUGUUUGUAUUAGUGGAUUAUUGUCCUGUGAGACCACAACACAGAGACAACAACGCAUAUGAAGUAGUGAAACGAACGACGAUGGCUACUACAGCAACAAAUAAACAAUAAAACGAAAAUAAACUCAAAGUUAGUUGUGAAAAAUAAACUCCACGUAUGUGACAUUUGUGAAGAACGAAGAAAAGAAAUCCAUGCAUGCUUUAUGCGAAACACACAGUCAUUGUACAUGACCGGCACAGACGCAGUCUUGUGCCGCGAACCAUUGCCAGUGGCAGGAAACCUCCGCUUAUCGUUCCGAUCCAUGCUCUCACUCAUACGCUUCAGCAAUCAUUCUCUCUUCGUGCUGUCGCUUCUUAAUGCUGUUUCUCUUCCACUCUGUAUCGGUCAAGCAUUCGAUUCCUAGCGGUGAUCAUUUCGUUCUUGACUCAUCAGCGGUCCUCGUUGG